UAUUCGGGUGCGACGGCGGGUGCACACCGGCUGUGGUCGCACCGGUCAUACAGGGCUGCCCUACCACUGCGCCUCAUCCUCACCCUAUGCAACACCAUAUGCUACCAGAACUCGGCGCACGAGUGGGCCCGGGAUCACCGGACGCACCACAAGCACACCGACACCGACGCCGACCUCCACAACUCCCGGCGCGGUUUCUUUUUCUCGCACUGCGGUUGGCUUAUGUGCCAAAAGCACCCGGAUGUCGUGCGCGAGGGUCGCACUAUUGACAUGGCCGACCUGUUGGCCGACCUCCUGGUGGCGUUCCAGCACCGCCACUAUACGCCCAUGGUCAUUGUAUUGUGCUUUAUCACGCCCACGGUGGUGCCCUGGUACUUGUGGAACGAGAGCUUGUGGAAUGCCUACUUUGUGUGCGCUAUGCUAAGGUGGACGGCCUCGUUGAACGCCAUUUGGUGCGUCAAUUCAAUGGCGCAUAGGUUUGGUAGCCGGCCCUAUGAUGUUGGUAUUGAGCCCCGGGAUAAUCUAUUGACGACCAUAUUUUCAUUUGGUGAGGGUUGGCACAACUUUCACCACGCCUUUCCCUGGGACUACAGGACCAGUGAGUGGGGCUGGAAUGUAAGCGGCACGACCCUGGUGUUGGACAUGUGCGCCACAAUCGGUUGGGUAACCAUCGCAGGUGUGUCAGCCUCGAGAUGGUUGCCGCCCGUAAGGCCAGGACUGGACCCCAGGCCCACGAGUAUUGAGUAA